UCCAUCUCUACAAGUACAACAAAUGUAACUCCGAUCAUUAUGACUUUGGAUGAUGAGUUCAACUCAUCUUUGUCUAUUGGUAGUCUACAGUCCACCCUUCAACAACUGACCUUUGGUGCUCAGUUCAACCAGGUGUUGACUAAUGGAGUUCUACCUGAAUCAUUGAUCAAGAUCACAUUUGGUCGAGACUAUAAUCAAUCAAUAAUAACUGGUAUUUUACCAAACGGACUUCAAUCACUUACCUUUGGUAACAGCUUUAAUCGUUCAAUUGCCAUCGGAUCAUUGCCAGAGUCCAUUACAGAGUUGACCUUUGGAACAUCGUUCAAUCAACCGAUCAAGCCAGGGUCAUUGCCUCCAAGGUUAAUCACACUUACAUUUGGGUCACAUUUCAAUGUAAUGAUUACAGCCGGUACAUUGCCAGAUAGCCUUACCGCGUUGGCCGUUGGAAACAGUUUCCAACAGACGCUACGACAAGAUCAAUGGCCUGCAUCACUCACACAGAUAACCUAUGACUACUCACAAAGGAUGAUGUAUGAAGUGAUGAUGUAUAUCGUUCAAUCAUACCAGACACCAAUCAUCAAGAAUCGAAUUGAUCUGAAACGACAGCUACAGUCUGUACAAUCAAACGCAACCAUCAAGAUCAGACGUCUGCAGAAUCUAACUAUGCACAUUAUACAUGCCAAAGACUUGAGAGUGUAUAUCAACUCAUUACUUUGCUAUUGUCCUUGUGUAGAGACCUAUCAUCUCACAUUGUUACCAACACAGAUAGCAUCAUUAUAUCUUGGAUCUGUUACAUAUCACAUUCGUUGCUUUGAUGAAUGUAUUGCCAUUGUAUUCACAGAGAGAACAAGACCAACCUCAUCUUCAUCUGCUGUUAAACCUAUCACCUAUUCUUUCUUCAAGAUAAAG